AGCACAGAGCGGGAAGGACAGCAGAGCUCACACAGCGACUGCAGGGCCUGUGAGCGUUUCUGGACCGGAAGUUCUCCUCAGAGAGAGGGACCAGCACACAGCAGGCCCCAUGGAGCCCCCGUCAGGCCCUGCAAGCAGGAGGCAUGUCCCCUGGAACAGGAUCCUCCUGGCAGUCGUGCUCUUAUCCUUCUGGCCCCCGCCCACCACUGCCCGCCUCACUGUUGACACGGUGCCCCCACUGGCUGCAGAAGGGUCGGUCGUUGUUUUCAACAUCCUCGGAAAAGAAGGGCUUGUCCUAGGCUAUGGCUGGUUCAGAGGGAACAGGGUAGAUAGAGCAACUGCAAUUGACGUCUACCAGGUACUUAACAAUUCAUUUACACCUGGGCCUGCAAACACCGGUCGAGAGACAAUAAAACCCAAUGGCUCCCUGAUAAUCCAGUCUGUCAAGAAGCGGGACUCAGGAACCUACACUGUGAUCACUGUAAAGGCUGAUUUAACAAACGUUUCGGCAUCUGGAGAUCUCCAAGUAUACAGCCUGCUGCAGCAGCCCUCCAUCCAAGUCAGCGACCCCAUGGACAGAGAUAAAGAGAACAAGGUGGUCAUUACCUGUAACACAAACGAAACUGACAUCAGCAUCCAGUGGAUCUUCAACGGCCAGUAUAUAAAAGCCGCAAAGAACAUCUUCCUGUCCGAGGACGGGAAGAAACUCACCAUAGACCCCAUCAAGAAGGAGAAUGCGGGGAAGUAUCAGUGUGAGAUCUCCAACAUAGGCACUUUCAACAGAAGUGGGAUCUUUGAGCUGAAGGUGAAGAAAUGUAAGUGACUGCGUGUCCUGUGUUCCACCUUCCCAGCAGGAUGGCUCCACCAAUGGGAGGCACGAUGGCUUGAGGUCACAGCAGGCAGAAUAUCAGUGAGGAGACCAUUACAAUAAAAAGCCAGCAAAAUCUUAAUAACUCCAUCUCUGAAAAAAAAGGUGGAGGGGCUUCCCUGGUGGCUCAGAGGAUGAAGAAUCUGCCUGCAAUGUAGGAGAUCCAAGUUUGAUCCCUGAGUUGGGAAGAUUCCCCUGGAGAAGGGAAUGGCUACCCACUCC